AUGACAGUGAAUGACAAAAAGAGAUUGGCAAUCAUAGGUGGGGGGCCAGGAGGGUUGGCAGCUGCAAGAGUUUUCUCACAAAGUCUUCCAAAUUUUGAAAUAGAAAUAUUUGUAAAGGAUUAUGAUAUUGGCGGUGUUUGGCAUUAUCCAGAACAAGAAAGAGAUGAGCGAGUCAUGUACGACCAUUUGGAAACCAAUAUAUCAAAAGAGCUAAUGCAGUUUAGCGGCUUCCCCUUCGAGGAAAGCGUCCCUUUGUAUCCAUCUAGGCGGAACAUUUGGGAAUACUUGAAGAAUUAUUAUAAAACGUUCAUUGCCAACAAAGACGCUAUCACUGUCCACUUCAACACUGAAGUUACCUAUUUAAAGAAGAAGGAAUCUCUGUGGGAAAUAACAUCUAAAGGCGAACUAAGGACCACAAAAUCUGAUUUCGAUUUCGUUAUUGUUGCGUCCGGCCAUUACAGUGUCCCUAAAUUGCCAUCUAAUAUCACGGGUCUCGACCAAUGGUUUGAAAAUAAGGGUGCCAUCCAUUCGAAACAUUUCAAAAACUGCGAAUUCGCCCGUGACGAAGUAGUUAUUGUGGUGGGUAACGGUAGUUCCGGUCAAGAUAUUGCCAACCAACUAACUACCGUUGCAAAGAAAGUAUAUAAUAGCAUAAGAGAGCCUGAGAACAACCAACUGAAGGCUAAAUUAAUCGAGACUGUCCCAACAAUAGAUAGUGCCGAUUGGAAAAAUCAUUCGGUUACUUUAUCUGAUGGGAGAGUACUUCAGGAUGUAGACCAUAUUAUUUUCGCCACAGGCUAUUACUACAGCUUUCCCUUUAUAGAGCCCUCCAUUAGGCUGGAAGUAUUAGGUGAAGGUGUUACUGACGACAAGCACUCGUCUGUCAACCUGCACAAUUUAUGGGAGCACAUGAUCUACAUAAAAGACCCCACACUGUCCUUUAUCUUAACCCCGCAGUUAGUCAUUCCAUUCCCAUUAUCAGAACUACAGGCGGCUAUUAUGGUCGAAGUAUUCUGUAAAAACUUACCGAUAACUACAGGAUUCGACUCAAAUGCUUGCGGUACCCAUAACUUCCCAAAGGGCAAGGAUCUAGAACACUAUGCAGAAUUACAAGAACUUCUUGAUGGUAUCCCACAUAGAGUCGGUCAUUUCGCGCCAGUCAGAUGGGAUGAUAGACUGAUCGAUCUACGAAACAGUAGUUAUACGGACAAAGAAGAAAGAAAUGUGCUUCUGGCGGAACACGCACAAGCCCUAAAGAAAAAAAAUGCACCUUACUUUCUUCCAGCGCCACAUACUUAA